AAACUUUGCUAAUGUUAGAUAAGAGAGAAAUUGGUCGAUAAUUAGAGCACAGAUUUCGUGCUCCCUUUUUAUGGAUUGCUUUUAUUAUCGCUUUUUUCCACAAUUUCGGAAAAACUCCUUGUGCUAACUCCUUUAUGCUAAUCGGAUUUUUCUAUACACUUAAAUCUAAUCGAAAAAGUUCAGCGUCCCGCUUGCAGAAUUAUCCCACAAGACUACAAAAAUUCCUGUACAUCUCUGCUUAAAAGCUUGAACUUAUCACUUUUGAAUGUGCGUAGCGAAUACUUUCGUUUAUACUGUUUUCGUAAAAUCUAUAAUGAAAUGAGUUUUUUAUCCGGUCACAACUUGAUAUCUCAUUUUUAAUCUCCGGGGCUAAGUCGCUCCAAACGUGUCAUAGUCCUAUUUUUUACCUUAAAAUCUUCUGUAGGGCCUUUCUUUUUUUAAAAUCCCUAAAUUGUGGAACAAAUUUCGCUCCUCUCGUAUCAUCGCACCAUCCCACCGUAUCUUCAAAAAGCUUUUCAAGCAGCAUCUAAGAUUUUUUUGAUCCAUUUUGAAUUAGUUGUUUUCAUGUUAUCUUUAAGCGUAAAAGGCUUUUUCUCGCAUUAGACUUUUGUACCACAUUUAGUUCUCAUUUACCAUACCAUUACCAUCGAUGUAAAUAUUUUUAAACCACUACCAAUACCAUUAUCAUGAGAAUGGAAAUCCACGGUAUUCAUAGAAAGGAAAGAAAAAAAAUAUAAGCACGUGCAUAAGACCUUUUCAGUAGAAAGAUUGUACGGUUAUGCGCUAGAAUCCGAAAGAUGUUUGAUACCAUUACCAUAAUUUUAGAUUUCUGUUACCAUUUAUUAUCAGAAAUUAAAAAUUGUUUUUUACCAUCAGUAUUAACCUAGUAAUGAUAAUGGUAAGCUAAUGGAACUUUUUUUGUUAUCGCAGGUCUCUAACCACCUUGCAUUAUUUUAUUUCUUGCUAAUAGACAGCUAGCAAAUAAGAGGAUAUCUCCUUUCGCAUAUGCAUAUCUUUCUGUUCUCUUUCUUUUUUAACGACGCGUUGAGACGAAAAAAAUCUCGACACAUGGGAUAUCUUAUGUGAAAAAAGAUAGCUUCUUAUUUGUUAGAUUCCGAAAUAAUAAUUAUUCAAUCUUUCAUAGUAUUACGCAAUUAUUGAAAGAGAGUCGUUCCACGCAAAUUUUUUUUUCGAAAGUCUAAUGAUCUCGUAUCGAAAAUUACGAAAUAACAUACCUUUUUGACGUCUAGUGUGAAUUAAUCAUCGUCCUCUUGUAACAAUACAUUUUCUUUGUCUUUUCCGUUUUGUUAUGUUUCUGCUUACAUACAUAUAAUAUAUAUAUAUAUAAGUAGAAAUAUGUAAAAGUUUAACGUAUUUAGCAAUUGAAAGUACUUUAGCAUAAAUUCUAACUUUUCUUGUGCUUUUUUCUUUUUCUACUAUUUCUUUUUAUUUCAAAUCAAUUAGACUAUAUAACAGCAAUUUUUACAAACACAUAUUGAUUUAUGUGUAGAGGAACAUGCACGUCGAAUUCAACUAGUCGGAUUUCACAAAAUAAGACACACAAAAGUAAAAGUAUAGCGUAGAGUAUGCACAUGCAAAUACACAUCAUUAGCUAAACUGAUAUGACGCUUGUUAAUUUGUUCUAAAAAUAAAAGCUUUUUGAUAAAGGUGAGAUAAAAACAAUUUGUAUUUCUUCAGAGAUUUUAUUUAGUUGAAAUGUCAUAUGCCUUAAAAAAACAGAAAUAUAAAUUGAUUUUGAUUAGUCCGACCAAGACGUAAGAAUAUAAUCUUUCUAACUUUUUAAUUACGUGAAGUUGUUUUAGUGUAUGUUCUCUUUCGUAUAAAACAUAUUUGUCGUUGACUGAUUUAAUGUAUAUUUAUAUACUUCUAAAUUUUAUUUUAUUAAGUUUUUUUUUUUUGUUAUUUUAGAAAUUCGACAAAUGCCAAAACCAAAAGUUAGUUUUGAUCUAAAAGAUACUUAUUCUGACGCAAAAACUUUACGUAGUAGUAACACAAAUAAACGUUAUAGACGUCUAAGAAAAUUUGAACGUUGUUAUUAUAAAAAAAUAUGUGAAGUAACAAAAACUGGACACAAUUUAACUCAAGAACAUAAUAUUAAUGAUGGAAAUUUAGGAUUUCAUCCUGUACACAGUAUUACUUAUUCAUUAAAUAAGAAAAAACGAUGGCUAUUACCGGAUUUGAUUCAACGUCGUAUACUUGAUAACGAAAACAAUGAUAAAAAAUACACAGAAUUAAAAAAACAAGAUCAAACAAAAACAGUCAAUGAUCAAUUAAAAAUUGUUAUGUAUGAAAAUAAUAACAUCAAAUAUCAUUCAACAUGUCUACGAUAUUGUAAUAAUAAAACUGAACCACGUGUCAUCGAACCAAAAUAUCAUCAAUAUUUUAAUAGUGAAACAUUAACAAGUUGGAUAAAUUUUUCAACACGAACACAUUUUAUACCAAGAGGACAACGUCGGCGACGAAGAACAAAUAAUAAUAAUCCUAUGGAGAAUGAUGUUGAUCCAAAUACAUCAAAUUUCGGCAUUCAACAACGCCCUGGCUUCUUUCACAGUGAAGUUACUUACAAAUUUUUAUAUCCAUAUCGACCAUCAAACAAAUUUGAUUCUGAUAAUGAAAGUAGUCGAUGCAAUAUCGGAACAAAACGAUCCUGUUUAAGAUAUAGCACAAGUCCACAUCAAGAUCGCUAUUCAAUGACCAAACAUGUACCAAAAGUACACAAAAGAAUAAGAUUAAAUUAUGCCAUUAAUGAUGAAUUAUCAUUUGAUGUCUAUGAUGGAGACGAUGAUCUAAAAGAACAUGAUUACGUUUUUAUAUCUAAUAAUUCUAAUGAAGAAGAAGAAAGUUUAGUUUACAUUAGUGAAAAAGAUGCUGAGUAUGAUUCAAAGCUAACAAUUGACGAUGAAGAAAUAAUUUCAGAUCAAUUUCCAUCGCUAUGUUAUCCGAUUAGUUCAUUUAUUGAUAACAAACGUUCACAUUCAUCAGAAUGUAUUGUUUCAAUGAAUGAUGAUCUAUCUAUUUUUCCAGACUAUAAAUCAAAUAAAGUUUAUGGAGUUCCAGAAUAUGCAUUAUAUCAAGAUGAUGUAAUAAAAGAAAAACAACCGCGACAAAUCGUUUGCUCAUCUUCAUUUUCUAAACUUCAUACAAUUAUUUAUGAUGUACAAGAAUUUUUAAAUUGUAUGAAACAACAUCAUAAAUAUAUAAAACAAGCAAAUAUUUAUCCACCCACAUUUUUACAGCAAUAUGAUGUUGUUGAUGAUGAAUUGGUACAAAUAUUUUAUAUUUAUGAGAAUACAUAUUGUGAUAUUUAUAUGAGAAUUGAAAAUGAUUUGAAAACGAAAAAUUCUAGACUAAUUUCAGAUUUAGUCAAUCAAAUAGCAUCGUCAGUCGAUUGUUUAACAUCCAUCAUCAAUCAUGUUCAAAAUUUUCUUUCGUUAUUUCGAAAUGAAAAUGAAAAUACUUUUAUCACUGUCUCUACAACAACUGAUAUGGUUAAAGAAACAUCUGGUUCAUUAAAACUUCCGUUGUCUGUAUCUUCACAUUUUUCAACAGUUCGUCCAAAUUCAACAAAUAAAGAAAUUGCACUUAAAGCUUUAAAAAUUUUAUUUAAUGAUGAAACAGUGUGUUUUGAUACAAAUGUGAUACAAGAAAAAGUUCAUGACUGUUGUUCAAUAUGUUUAGAACUAUUUACGGAGGAAAAUCGUGUUUAUUGUCUUCUACCAUGUCAGCAUUGUAUAUGCGCUGAAUGUUUACAAAAUUAUAUCCAAAUAUCUUUACAAACACUCAUGUUUUCGUCAUCAUCCAUUAAUAUCACUUGUUUUUAUUCAAAAUGUUCAACAAUACUAAAUAACGUUACAUUAAAACGUUUUCUAUCAUUACAGUUAUAUAAACGACUAUGUGAUUAUUCGAAUGAGAAACGUUUGUUUUCAUUAAACAUAUAUCGAUAUUGUCGUUCAAAACUUUGUUCAAAAUUAAUGAUUAUCGAUAAAGAAAAACGAUUUGACGGUGCUAUGUGUUCAUGUGGAGAAAGAAUUUGUUUAAAAUGCUCAGAAGAAUGGCAUUGGCCAGCCACAUGUGAACAAUAUAAAAAUUAUUCAAAACGUUUGAAAGCAAGUGGUGAUCAUUUAUUGACCUCAGAAGGUUUUUCUCAACUAAGUACAGGUUAUAUUGCAGAAGGUAAACAUUGUCCAUCGUGUGGAAGUUUUUGUGAGAAGAAUGGAGGUUGUAUGCACAUGAGUUGUAUAUGCGGUGGAGAGUAUUGUUGGACAUGUUUGCAACGUUGGCAAAAUCAUAGUUAUGAUACAUGCUCAUACAUUCAAGAAUCAACAUAUGAAUUGAAAUUAUCUAAUCGUAAUCGGCUUUAUAAUUUGGCUGUGAAAUAUCGUCAUGCACGAAAUCAAUAUCAUAUUGAACGAUUUUUAACUCUAAUACGUUCAUAUGAUAAUAAAAUAUUAACAAAAAAUUUAUACAAUGAAAUAAUUGCGUUGUAUAUUGAUAUUAAUACAAUAGCCGAAUUUUUAUGCGUAUCUUUACAUCGUAAACGUAUACAAAAUAAUAUACGAUUUGUUUUAGGACAAACGGCAAAAAAAUUUGAUGCUUAUUCUUUACGUUUACAAUUGUAUGUUGAAGAUUAUAAGAUAUUAAAUCAAAAUUUAAUUGAACAAAUUCAAAAAAUACGUUUUCAAGUCAAUCAAACAUUCAAAAAUUUAGCAUAUAUGAAAUAUCAUGAUAUUUUUUGA